AAGAAACGAUGGCCACAGAAAGAUAUAAAAAACAACUAUCAUCAUCUUCUUCUUCGUGGUCUCUCUGUAAUCUGUUUAAAAAAAAUGAAUAUUUGUACUCUUCUUCAGCUGAAUUCUCAUCUCAUCAGCCAAAGUUGUUUUCUUCGACUUCCACUUCAGAAGAAGCAGACCAACCUACUACUGUUUCCUCGGCUCAGAAGGCUCUGCGCCGCGGAGAAGGUGGCCGCCGGUGAGCAAGAAGAGCCUCCCUCGAUGGACUUUGCUUUUGUUAGUCCAAGGCUUCUUCCAGAUGGAACACCGGACAUCGGGAUACGUUCGGCUGCCAGCGGCAAGAGUCUUAGGGAUAUCAUGCUCGAUGCCUACAUUGAUCUCUAUGGCCCCUAUGAUGCACCGCUUUCCAACUGCGCUGGAUUUGGCACUUGUGGGACUUGUCUUGUAGAGGUUGUUGAGGGAACGAAGUUGCUGAGUUCGCGCACUGAUAAGGAGAAGGAAAGGAAAUUACAGAAGCCAAGAACAUGGAGAUUAGCAUGCCAAACCACAGUUGGUGACAAGGAUUCAAGAGGACAAGUAUCAGUUCUUAAUUAUAAUAAAAUUGUGCACUUAAAUCCUAUUUACUCAUUAAAAAAAAACUUAAUUGGGUUAAUGUCUGUAUAUAUACUUGCAGGUUGUAAUUCAUGCGGUAAAAAGUAAAAAGACGAGGCUAAAUAUCAUUGACGUAUGAACGUAAAGCUACGUCAGAUCACCU